GUUGUCCAGUCCUCUGUGCGCUUUAUGUUUGUGUCCCAUCAUUGUUAAUUCACCAUCACCAUCAUUGUUAAUUUUGGGUUCUUUAACGGAGAUUUUGGUCUAUAAUGCGCGAUCGGCUUGCCUCGCUGAUUGUGGUGAAGCAAGAGGGCGGCAGCAACACGACCAUUAGCCACCACCAUCAGCCUAGCAUUAGCCACCAGGCUAUUAAGUGCGAGGCCUCACUGUACCCCGAGAGCAGUUUGUUUCAGGAGAUCAACAACAACUCCUGCUACAGGCCGAACCUUAAUGCCCCAACACAACAGCAGCCACACACAUCACACCUGCAACACGCACAGCAGCACCAAACACACCAGCUACAAACCCUCUUGCCGCCGCCUCUGCCGAAUUUGUCUUUGAUUUACCCCUGCCGCAACCUCUUUCCCGACGGUUGCGAUAUCAAUCACCUGGCCUGCAGCAGUUCCUCCGACUCCAACUCCAACUCCAACUGCAACUCGAACUCCACCUUCAGCUCAUCCAGCAACAGCCACUUUUUUGCCGAUGGAAACACAUGUGCAGCGGCACUAACAGCAGCAACUCCAGCAACUGAGCCGAGGAAAAUAAAACCACUCGUCGCGGGCAAAUUGAAAGUCGGAAAAACUGACAGCAACCGCGACAGCCGAGCAGCAGCAGCUGCCAGCACCUCGGCGACAUCCGCCACUGCAGCAGCAACAGCAACAGCAGCAGCAACAGCAACAGCAGCAACAGCAGCAACAGCAGCAGCAACAGCAGCAGCAGCAGCAACAACAGAAGCGGGAGGAGCAGCACCAGCGACAGCAGCCAAAAUCAGCCAAGUGAGGCUUACUAACCAAGCGACAACAAGCAUGUUACUUCUGCAGCCCAAUAGCUCCUUUAGUUCAUUGUCGCCCUUCGAUAAUUUCUCCACGCAAACUGCCUCGACGACCACCACGACGUCGGCAUCGGCAGCUGGACACCACCAACACAAUAACCAUAGCCACCUCCUCCAUCAGCAGCAUCACCACCAGCACCACCAGCAUCAGCAGCAGCAGCAUCAGCAACAGCAGCAGGAACAUCUGCAACAGCAGCAACACCUAGUAAAUCCACAGGAACACCUGCUCAAGUCGGAGACGCUGCUCUCGCAUGAGGAGGAUCAGUUGAUCAGCAACCUGACAGACUCGUCUGUGGUGUCCCACAGCGAACUCUUCUCGGAUCUCUUUUUCCCCUCGGACUCCAACAACUCCCUGCUCUCGCCCACCACCAGCGGCUACCCGGACAAUCCCGCCGAGGAUCUGACCAGCUCCAUUGAGAAUCUCACCAAGUUGACGUGCCUGCGGGACAAGCGCUUGUCCUCGAUCCCCGAGCAGCAGCUCAGUUCCGAACAGGAGCAGCAGCUCUGUCUGCUCAGCCUGCGUUCCAGCAGCGAUCCGUCUAUUGCACUUCACGCACAGCAGCAGCAACAGCAACAGCAGCAGCAACAACAUCAGCAGCAGCAGCAACAGCAGCAGCAACACCUUCAACUCCAGCUGAUCUCGCCCAUCGGAGGGCCCUUGUCCUGUGGCAGCAGUUUGCCCAGCUUCCAGGAGACCUACUCCCUGAAGUACAACAGCAGCAGCGGAAGCAGCCCCCAGCAGGCGUCGUCCUCCUCCACCGCCGCCCCCACGCCCACAGACCAGGUGCUGACCCUCAAGAUGGACGAGGACUGCUUCCCGCCGCUGUCCGGCGGCUGGAGUGCCAGUCCGCCCGCCCCUUCCCAGCUGCAGCAGCUGCACACCCUCCAGUCCCAGGCCCAAAUGGCGCAUCCCAGCAGCAACAAUAGCAACAGCAACAACGCUGGCAACAGCCACAACAAUAGUGGGGGCUACAACUACCACGGCCACUUCAAUGCCAUCAAUGCCAGCGCCAAUCUGUCGCCCAGCUCCUCGGCGAGUUCCCUGUAUGAAUAUAAUGGUGUCUCCGCAGCAGACAACUUCUACGGACAGCAGCAGCAGCAGCAGCAGCAACAGCAGAGCUACCAGCAACAUAACUACACCUCGCACAAUGGCGAGCGUUACUCGCUGCCCACGUUCCCCACGAUUUCGGAGCUGGCUGCGGCCACAGCAGCUGUGGAGGCGGCGGCGGCGGCCACCAUCUCCUCACCUUCGGUGGGCGGACCACCGCCCGUUCGCCGAGCAUCGUUGCCCGUUCAGCGAACCGUUUCGCCAGCCGGAUCCUCGGCGCAGAGCCCAAAGCUCGCUAAGAUCACGCUGGGCCAGCGGCACUCCCAUGCCCAUGCUCUACAGCUCAGCUCGGCUCCCAAUUCAGCGGCCAGCUCGCCGGCAAGUGCGGAACUCCAGGCGGGCCGACUGCUCCAGGCACCGUCGCAGUUGUGUGCCGUUUGUGGUGACACCGCCGCCUGUCAGCAUUAUGGAGUGCGAACCUGCGAGGGAUGUAAGGGAUUCUUCAAGCGGACCGUGCAGAAGGGCUCCAAGUACGUCUGCCUGGCGGACAAGAAUUGCCCGGUGGACAAGAGGCGACGCAACCGUUGCCAGUUCUGUCGGUUCCAAAAGUGCCUGGUCGUAGGCAUGGUCAAGGAAGUGGUGCGCACGGACUCGUUAAAGGGACGUCGGGGCAGAUUGCCUUCGAAACCGAAAUCUCCCCAGGAGUCGCCGCCAUCGCCACCCAUCUCGUUGAUAACGGCCCUGGUGCGAAGCCAUGUGGACACGACGCCGGAUCCCUCGUGCCUGGACUACAGCCACUACGAGGAGCAGUCGAUGAGCGAGGCAGAUAAGGUGCAACAGUUCUACCAUCUGCUGACCAGUUCAGUGGACGUGAUCAAGCAGUUUGCCGAGAAGAUUCCCGGCUACUUUGAUCUCCUGCCGGAGGAUCAGGAGCUGCUCUUCCAGAGCGCUUCCCUGGAACUGUUCGUCCUGAGGCUGGCCUAUCGCGCCAGGAUCGAUGACACCAAGCUGAUCUUCUGCAACGGCACCGUGCUUCACCGAACCCAGUGCCUGCGGUCCUUUGGCGAGUGGCUCAAUGACAUCAUGGAGUUCAGCCGCAGCCUGCACAGCCUGGAGAUCGACAUCUCGGCCUUCGCCUGCCUCUGUGCCCUCACCCUGAUCACAGAACGCCAUGGCCUGCGGGAGCCGAAGAAGGUGGAGCAGCUGCAGAUGAAGAUCAUUGGCAGUCUGCGCGACCACGUCACCUACAAUGCCGAGGCGCAGAAGAAGCAGCAUUACUUCAGUCGCCUGCUGGGCAAGUUGCCCGAGCUGAGAUCCCUGAGCGUCCAGGGACUGCAGAGGAUCUUCUAUCUGAAACUGGAGGACCUCGUGCCCGCGCCAGCCCUCAUCGAGAACAUGUUCGUCACCACAUUGCCGUUCUAGAGGCGAUCGAGCGUAUUAUCACAACUUGCUUCCUUAAACUAGCCCCUAAGUUAUGCCUCCUAAGAUAUACAGAUAUACAGAGAAAGGGCACAAUAGAGUACCCAAGUAGCUUUAGUAGAACCCUGAAAUAAAUAAAUCUCACCAUAGCAAAAAGAAAAAGAAAACCGAAACAUAACGUAACGCAGACCCAGGCCAUAUCCUUAGUGUAGAGCUAGCUAGUUUGCCGGACAGCCUCGGCUCCUUCAAUAAUUACGGACAUGAAUAUUUGAGACAGAGUUUCCAGUGCACAGAAUAUGGCUCCUGCGUGACUCGUCAGCUCCGCGGGUUCCAACUUGUUGACGUUAAUUGUUAAAUUGUUUAAUUUCAACUGUCAAAAGCGGAAUCAACGGCCAGACGGUCAGGCACGCAAUGGAAACAUUUUUUAUCCCAGGACUUUGAAGCUUGCUCAACAACAUUCGGCACUACGGACGGACAAACAACGGACAGAACUCUAUUGCUCUCUUGCCUUUUGCUAACUUCUAGUCAAUUGAUUUAGGCGAAACAAAUAAAUAAAUAAAAGCGUGCAGCAGUAGUGUUAUAUAAUUUAUAUGCUAGACUCCAGCGGUUCUCUCUAAGGAAAUACCCCAAUGAGUUGCACUAAUUGGGAUAAAAUACGAUAACCUAUUAUUCUUAAUAUCUAUUAGGAAUAUAUCUAAGAUAAAGGAGAAUUAGGUGGACUUCCACUAUCAUAUCAUAAAGCAGAGCCGUGCUUGCCCUAAGCUAAUACAGACCCGCAUAAAGUUGAGAGCCCAACCAAGUAUUUUGGUUUAGUACUAGACUAAGGUCCUAAUAGUUAUAGGCUAAGAAUUUUCUGUUCGAUUUAUCAAAGCACCAGCAAGUGCACAAUGAGAGUAUAAGUACCUUUUUGUGAUGAUUGUGUCUGACACAGAGAGAGUUGCACACAAACACACAAACUAGCCGAUAAGUUACUAUAUACGAUCUAUUAUAUAUAAUCUGUAGCGUAAGCCCAAGUAUUCGGUAAUCCAAGAUCCUUGUAAAACCGUAGUUCGUACGUUCCAAACAAGAAAAUAACUUUAUUCAAUCCUAGACAACUCCAUCUAAGUUCUCAAAGAAUCGUAUAUGGAUCGUUGGAUCAGUCUCUCUAUGUGUGUGUUAUCUCGAUAAAAAAAAAAACCCCUCUAUGUGAUUUUGUGAUAGAUUGGCAUUGAACUCUAUAUAUAUUUAUAUAUAUUUCUUUAAUAUAUAUACACGCAUAAAUAUCUAUUUUUAUGUCUAACUUUUGUAUGGUUUAUUUUAUACGUACCACUUUUCUUUCAUAACAAAAAGUAAAAAUUAAAAAGUAAAAAGUAAAAAGAUCGUUAGAUAGCAAAUAUUUCAAUGGUAUGUUACGAGGACUUUUCAAAGUACCAGUCUUUAACAACUUUCCAAUUAACGUUCGUAUUUACGAAAGACAUUUUCUAAGUGUUAAAUUGAAGACUUCUAUAACUAAGUGCAAACUAAGAGCAAAAACACAAAACCCCAAAGUGAAUAACAUAUCUUUUCAAGCUUUCGAGUGCACACGUGUUCCACGUAGAACCGAAACCCAAGUGUUAAUAAAUCUAUUUAAUAUUUGGCAAGCCUGGGGCGUCGGUGUGGUUAAUAAGUUCGCAUUACCUAUACAAUUUAGAUAGAUCAUUAUUAAAUUAUUGUACGUGUAGCACAUCAAAUGUUCGACAACUAGAUUUUGUACCAUCUUAAAGAAGAACCUAGGCCAAGCUAAACUAAGUAUAAACUAUGAUCUGCAUGCGGCUGAGCUGUAGCUAUGAAAAAUAUACCUGCGCGGGUUUAAGUGAAAUGGGACAUUUUGGAUUUAUAUUUAGAUAUGAAACGUUAUAAACGGGACGUACUAAGUUUCCCAACAGCAAAAACUAUUUGUUGCAAAAUUACUCCAUACAUCAACCCAAUACGAGAUAUUUCCAAAACUCCAAUAGUUACAUGCCUGAAAAAUUGUAAACCACGUGUAGGAACCCAUCUCACUUGAAUCUACCACCAAUCAACCGACCUACAUUCUAGGAAAGUUGAGAGGUUUAGUAACCAUAGAGCAAUAUUUCAUAAGGAAACGCACCUUAAAUUACCGAAAAACAUAGAUAAACGUGAUCUUGUAACGGUUGGGAGCGAUAAUAAGCCAGGAUGAAACAGGAACAGUUAGGUGACCAAAUCAAUUUGAAAUGAGAUGAUAGAUAGGUUCGGGUUCGAAACCCUCAAAGCGAUGCCAUUUUAGCCGUUACAACAUUGAAUAUCAAUCAUGCACAUGAAUAUGAAUAUGAAUAUGAAUAUUAUAGAGAUAUAUCUAGCUAUAGGAACCUACUUUGUACCUACACAACAUGGAACCAUCAAACCUACAUGCAUAUUUACACACAUAUAUUUUGAAUAGAGCGACGACUUUUACAAGUUAUGUACACACAGCUAUAGCUAUAGCUGGAUAUGGCCAUCCCAGAACGAGCAUAUAUACAUAUACAUAUUUUGGGUUAUUGUUCUUUUGUAAUUUUAUAAAUGCAUACAUAUUUACUACGUGAAUGUCAAGUGUGGAUUCAUAUUUUUGAGAUACCGCUACAAAACGAAACAAAAACAAAAACAGUAAACGUGAAAUUUUUCGAUGAAACAAUUUUAAACGAGAACUUUUUAAUAUUGCUAUUAAAGGAUAUACACACAUUAACAUAUAUAUUUUACUAUGUAACGGAUAGAAUUAACCUAAAUGCAGCGCAUAAAGCUUUAUACAACAAAAUGAAAAGCAACAGAAAUUGGCACAAAUUAAAUUUAUAUGGCAUAAUUAGACGUUUUUUGAUAGAUAAUGCCAUUCCUAAAAUGAGCGACUAUUGGUGCAUCGGCCGCAAUUUCCCCACUACACCAGAUAACCUAAGCUAUACAUUAUCCAACCCAACCCAUGCGCCUACUACUAGUAAUGCAGAAAACAGAAUGAGAGGUGAAACCUAUAGACGCUAUGAGAAAUGUCUAUCUAAUAGAUGUCGGUACUACCAAUGCUAAAUAACAAGUUGUGUAAUCUACCCUUUUUUGAUAGUUUCAUUUACCAGUUAAGUAUCCAAAUCAUAUGAGUGUUACGAAGAAAACCCUAUAACUUGCAAUUCAUUUAACUCUGCAAUACGAUACCAAGCAAAGCGAAUCAUUUCAUUUCGAUUUAAUCUUAAAUUAUAUACUUAAACGAUGUAAGCCCAAAAUAAACGUUUUUUCUAUAUCUGUCUUUUGAGCAAAUUAGUUAUACGCAAAACCAAACCGUAUUUACAUAAAUGUAUACAAAACAAAUAGUAUAUUUUCAUUGGUUUGAAUAAAACAUAAAACAAUUUUACUUGUUUUACUUGUUAUUUUCGGAGUUUG